UGUGCUUCAAUUAAAGACAAUAGGCUGCAGCCAACCCGAAUGAGGUCAAAGAUUAGGCUUGGGUCGGGGUAAUAAAUUAAACAUCGGAUCCUAAAUUAUUAAUUUUCUUUGAGGAUGGAGGACCCGGAGCAUCUGUAUCUUUAAUAGUGAGGACAGAGAUGGGAGAGGCUGCGCGUUCACGGCUCCUUUUCUCGCUCCGUGGCGUCGGGAACGCGCAGUGAAUCCCACACUUAGCUGGAGAGGAAAAAAGCGCCGUCGGACGUCAACAGCAACUCACCGGGGAAAAAAAUGUUCCCUCCACCGCCCUUCAUCAACGCUGUCGACGUCUGCAAAAGUCAUGUGAAAGGAUCCACUACAUACGAGGACUCGAGUUUUUUCGGCCAUUAAACUUGUUUAAGAGGAUUGUAAACUCCGGGAAGUGAUUGAUAAGACACAGGAAUUGAAGUUAAAAUUGGAAAGGUGCAGAAAAUGGCGAGACGGCUCCUGCAGCUCCUUGCCUUGUGGACAACUGUGGUUGGCAAUGUGCAGUGCUGUCCAGAGCUCUGCAGCUGCCAGGAUAAAUUUGCCCACCAGUUUGCUGACUGUGCUUACAAAGACCUGCUGGUGGUACCAGUGGGUCUCCCCACCAAUGUUACCACUGUGAGCCUUUCUGCCAACAAGAUCAAAUUACUGAAAAGUAAAAGCUUCAUCAGUAUCACACAGGUCUCCUCUCUCUGGCUGGCCCACAAUGAGAUAGUUACAAUAGAAACCGACUCCUUGGCCCCCCUGAUCCAGCUACGCAACCUGGACAUCAGCUACAACAAAAUCGUGAACUUUCCCUGGGAGGAUCUGCACAACCUCACAGCCCUGCAGCUUCUGAAAAUGAACAACAAUGAGAUGGUGAACCUUCCAAAGGACGCCUUUUCCACUCUCAAAGACCUACGGUCGCUGCGCAUCAACAACAACAAGUUUAUCACCAUUGUGCAGGGUACCUUCAGUGCUCUCUCCUCCAUGUCUCACCUACAGAUUUUUAACAACCCCUUCACAUGCUCCUGCAGCCUGGAGUGGCUGAGGGAUUGGAUCACGACAACUAAGAUUUCCAUCCCAGAGCCAAAAUCAAUUGUAUGUGAGGCCCCUGAACACCUGAAGGGUACAAUGGUGACACUGAUUCCCAAACUGGACUGUAUGCAGUCUAACUGCCUGCACCUCAUUCCUGCCUUGGCACACGAGAACUAUGGCGGCUACGAGUGUGUUUCCAAAGAGAAAGACGACACCAAAGUGGUGAAAACGUACCAGUUUACAGAGCAAAUGAUUCCAGAUACAAAUAAAAACACUGAGACGAUCAACACCCUUUCACAAAUAAAUGAUGCAUCAGCUGUUGUGCCGCAGAAGGCUUGGAUCAUCCUUGGACUUGCAGUGUUGGGGAUUUUCAGAUGGGAUUUGCAAAAAUGA